UCCAAAAACGUGGAGAACAUUUUCCUUCCUACCAAACACACCCUAUAAGUAUGAUGAUACAUGAUAUGAUUUAUUAAUUAUUGUGGAGAGGUAACACUGACCUCAUCAACCAAUCACCAUACGCUACAAAUUUUUAAUUGUUCUGCAGGAAUCAAUGACAGGAAAAUGCCAGCCAUUAUUUAGCCAGUUGGAUUAAUUUAUUUCUGUAACUCAAUAAUUGUUUAGCUAAUUAUAUUUUAAGACUUCGAGUGGAUAAAUGUCAGCUAGACCAGAUUAUAGAAUUCUGAAAAAGAGGAGACUAAUGAGGCGAAAAAGACUUUAAAAUGACUGGCAAAUGUAUGAUUUGUAGAUCAACUAUCCAUCUUCUUCAUUGAGUUAACAAUAGUCUCUAUUAGCACUUGAGAAAAAGAGUGAGGGAGAUGUCCUCCGAUAAGGUUUCAAAGGAGCGAAUCGAGUUCCUUGAGAGGGAGCUGAAAUUCCUAGAUACUUUUCUGAUCUGGCAGAGCCAAAAAAUUGAAUGUGAUGACAUGCCAGAAUAUGCCACACAAAAAGCCCAAACUCUGCUUAGAAACUCCCGAGUUACCCUCUUCUCCCUUGGCUUGAACUCUCCAGAUACUUUACAAGUUGUCCAGCAGAUGGAAGAUGAUAUUCGGAUGACUAAGCUGGAAAUCAAAGCUAAUUACUCCUUCUGCAAGACAUCAUUACAACUUUCAGCCAGAAGGGAUGGCAUUGCUGAUCCAAAAUUUGUAGAAGAUUUCAUGGAGCUUGUUGCAGUGCAUCUUCAUGAUCUAGUGAAGAUUCAUGAUGCCCCUUUACUUCAAGAGGUAAUAAAGGAGUUGAAGAUGCUGAGAAGUUUUAUCCGAUUCGUGUCAGAACGAUGCAAUGAGCCUCAGAAUCAACAUACUUUCUUCACUCACGCUUUAGUGGUGGCUGGCCACAUAGCAAUGCUUCUCUGGCUGUAUUUUACAGGCAAUGGCUUCGAAAAUCAAAAUUUGGCUCUAGGUGAAAUCAAUGUGUUGCUUUUCUUGCAAAUGAAGUUUAAGCCCAUUCAGCCAAGCAUCCGUGAGAUCUAUGUUGCAGUCCUGCAAGCUUUGAAGUCGACAAUACAAUCAGGAUGGCACCCCAACAUCCAAAAUGAGCAUGUAGCUGGCUAUGAAGCCGACUUUAUGGAGACUAUCCUACACAAUUUGGUGGGGCUAUCAACAAAUAGUAGUCCCAGUCGAAUCGUCGCUUUGAAGGACCAAAUGGAAAUCCUCCAGGAGAUGCUCAAGCUCUUGAGAGCCAAUAUCAUUCAUAUUACUAUACAAGAUCUUAAAUUUCAUCUUUCAGAUAUCAACAAUUUUAUUGUUGAUACUGGACUUCUUGUUUACUCGUUAUAUGAUAGCGAGAAGGAGGACAUGGAUUUGGGAGAAGUGAACCAAGCGCCUCUUGAUUUGCCUGGCAAUAUUCAGCGGAUCAAGGAAAUCAUCUACUUCAUAAUUCGCAAGCCAAUUCAAUCUAACUUGCCGAUGAUUCAUGGACUAGGCUAUGUUGAUAUCCUUUUAAACAAACUGGAGGAGUUCCAAGCCCGUUAUGCAGAUUUACUUGAUCCUAUCCACAAGCAACUUCAAAUAAUUCAAAAUCAACUUCUGAGCUUGCAGCCUUUUCUAAAGGCAGUUGCAGAAAAGCGACACAGUAUGUUUGAAAGACAACAUUAUGCUACACUAUUGAUUGGCAAAGUUUAUGAGAUUGAAUACAUAGUUGAUGCAGCUUGUAUAAGCAAAGAAGUUCCUUACUGGUGUCUCGAGCGUUGGCUUAUAGAUAUCGUGAGGGAGAUUACUCUCAUCAUAGCAGAGCUACCAAAGAUUCAGGAAAAGAAAAUGAUUCAGGACACAAUGAAUACUAACAUUGGUAAUACGUCAUCGCAAUUGGACCGGACCCCAAAUAUGAAUGAAGAAAUUGUGGGUUUUGAGGAUGAGAUUGCCAAACUAAGAGCUCGGCUAACAGAAGGAACAAAAGAACGAGAUGUCAUCUCAAUAGUCGGAAUGCCUGGACAAGGUAAGACAACUUUGGCCUACAGACUCUAUUCUGACAAGUCAGUUGUUGCACAUUUUGAUAUUCGUGCACAGUGUUCUGUGUCUCAAUUAUAUUCACGUAUGGACUUGGUUUUGUCCAUUCUACAUGAUGCUAUUGAUGAGAAUUCUCGACGUAGAGACAAGUCCAUCCUACACGAUGCUGCCAGUGAGGAUUCUCAACAUAGAAAAAAAGAAGAAGAUUUAGCUGAUGAGCUCCGAAAAACUUUAUUGCCCAAAAGAUAUCUUAUCCUUCUUGAUGACGUGUGGGAAAAUAGUGUGUGGGAUGAUUUAAGAGGUUGUUUCCAGGAUGCCAAUAAUGGAAGUAGAAUCAUUAUAACCACAAGAGAUCAUGAAGUUGCCAAUUACACUAGGUGCCAGAGUGAUCCCCUUCAUCUUCGUAUGUUUAACGAAGGUGAAAGUUGGGAGUUACUCAAGAAGAAAGUGUUUGGUGAAGAACACUGCUCUCCUCACUUAAAAAAUGUCGGGCGAAGAAUAGCAAAAAAGUGUGGAAAACUUCCUCUGUCAAUUGCUUUGGUGGCAGGUAUUCUCGCAGAGAUGGAGAAGAAAGAGGAAUGUUGGGAACGUGUGGCUUCGAAUUUAGGUUCACACAUUCACACUGACUCAAAGGCCAUCAUAGAACAGAGUUAUCAGAAUUUACCGUGUCAUCUGAGGUGUUGCUUUCUUUAUUUUGGAGCAUUUUUAGAGGAUAGCAUUAUCAGUGUUCCAAAGUUAACAAAGUUAUGGACCUCGGAAGGAUUUAUAAUAGGCUAUGAAGGCAAGAGUCCAGAGGAUAUAGCAGAAUGCUAUUUAGAGAAUCUUAUUGGAAGAAAUCUAGUGAUGGAUGCUAAGAGGAGCUUUGGUGGUAAGAUUAAGGCAUGUCGCAUUCAUGACCUGUUGCAUGAUUUCUGCAAGGAGAGAGCAAAGGAAGAGAAUCUUCUAAUGUUGAUUGAAUGGGGGCAAAAUGCCGGUCCUUCUUCCCAUGUUUACUCACACAAGCAACUAGCUCAACAUCGCAUGUCUGUUAAUGCUAGAGUGGAUACUCUUGAAAAAUGGAGCUCGUCUUGCUCACUUGUUGGCACUGUAAUUUUUCAUAGACAUUCUUCAAUUGAUCAAGCUUCCCACAUUUUUCAUAGCUUUAAGUUUCUAAAAGUGUUGGAUUUGGAAUUCGCCAAUAUUGAUUCUUUGCCAACAAAUCUAGUUCACUUGAGGUACUUUGCUGCAGGAAUUAAUCAGAAGUCAAUUCCAUCAUCCAUAUCCAAUCUUUGGAGCCUUGAAACUCUGAUACUAAAGAGUAGGCAAAGAACAUUGUUUUUACCAAAUACACUUUGGAAGCUGGUUAAACUGAGACAUCUUCACGUUUCUGCUUCCAGUGGAACUUAUUUCACUAUAAAUAAUGCAGAAGAAUUACCCCAAACCUCCUUGAAACUUCAUGAUUUGGAAACUCUUUCAUCUCCAUAUUUUUCUUCUGUCGAGGAUGUGGAAUUGAUGUUGAAAAAAACUCCUCAUCUUCAGAAACUGAAAUGCAUGUUUAUGGGUACUCGGAGCUAUCAGUACCCUGUACUGGAGUUCCCAUCACGGCUUGAGACGCUGAAGAUUAUCCGGCCACACUUGGAAUGGAAUCUUUAUUAUCCAGAGCUUCACCUCUCUUUGUGCAUCUCCUCACCUAAUAUCAAAAACUUGACGGUAUCCAACUUUUACCUGGUCCAUCAUAACUUAUCGAACAUUGGUCUGCUUCAGAAUCUUCAGGUGCUCAAACUGGUGGCAGUUUACUUUCAAGAACGGCAAUGGGAAGUGAGCAAUGACGAGUUCCUUCAACUCAAGGUCUUGAAACUAGUAGACUGUGUUUGGUUUCACGAAUGGACUGUGGCGGAUGAUGCCUUUUCGAGCCUUGAACAUUUGGUAUUGCGUGGAUGCAAAUAUCUUAAGGCAAUCCCGUCUUGUUUCAGUGACAUUAGCUCUCUAAUGUCCGUUGAGGUAAAGAAAUGCAACAAAUCUGUCGUCAAUUCAGCCAGGGAAAUCUUUCACACACAAGUUGAAGAUUAUCAGAAUUCUAGUUUCAAGGUCUUCAUCCUCUAAAAAGAUGAGAAUUCUGAUUCAGAGUAGGAAGAGUUCGUAGCCGGAGCAAUUUGGAAGAUCACUAAAUUAGUUUUGGCAUUCAUUCUAAACAAUUUCAAGUUUCUUA